AUGGCAGCCGUCGAGACCCGCACUCUUGUUUUCUUGGCGCCAGUGUACCCUGACGUAUGCAAUUUGCAUAGCUCCGUCCCGGUGGCGCUACAGCGCACAAACGAUGACUGGCUCAAACUCGUGUUUUCUUCGAGUCCGAAUACCUUCGUGGAGAAAGAGGCGAUUUGUGUCAAUAGUCACGCUGGCUGUCGAUGCGACUACGUGCGACUGUUAAGAGCCCUCAUGGUGUUAACUGAACGAGAAGUUUUAUCGGUUGUUGGAGAUUACAAUGUGGCAACAACUGGUGACCACCGAACCGUCGCCACGUUGCGAAUGCACGUGCAGGUCCAUCGUCAUGCAAGUGUUUGCGACCCCCUUCACGAUUUCCACCUGAUUUUGUGUCACUUGCAAGCACAAAGUUUGUCGAUCGUAAGAAAGAGUAUGUCGUACAGUAUUAAAGACCGAGAAGCGCAACUGACGGACGCGACGAGAAGUUCUUGUCACGUCGUGGGCUGUCGACUGCAUGCAUGGAAGCCUGAUGCCAACCUUGGCCCGAAGCCAAAGUUGCAUCUUUCCGAUGUAUUUCAAAGCCUCAUGACGGACAUGGAAGCCGAGAGAAAAUUCAACGUUCGAGACAAAGGAAUUCGUGGGUCGCCAACUGUACAAUUGCAGCCUCGACUUACAACGUUGCUGAAAAAUGCGUUACACAUUGUCGUGUGUUUUCUGAAGACCAAAGAUGUAACAUCUUUGGCGAGAGUGUGCUCGGUUUUCCAACCUCUGGUCUAUGAAGUCGUACCUGGUCUCAAUUUAGUACUGCACGACCACCAACAAAUGGGUCUUCGUUGGAUGUUGAAUCGUGAAAGGCCGUCGCGAAUCGAAAACCUGUCAAUGUUGCAUCCGUUUAUUUUUCCGCGACAACCUGGAAAAAAGUCAAAUGUGGCAGUACAUUUAGUUGAUCACAAAGUAGUAGAACAAGUUGAUACACGAGCGUUUGAUAUGUGUGGGGGCAUGUUUUGUGACGAACCGGGUCUUGGAAAAACAAUCACGAUGUUAGCGAUGAUUUUACGAACAAAACGCUUAUCAACAAGUACUGCACGGAAUGUGGUUACGAACCUUGAUGAAGACGCAGCGGUCGGUCGUUGCUCUAUCGGCAUGCCGGAUCGCUCUAUACCAGCUGAACAUCUUGUGACUUCGAAUGGAUCAUUAAUUGUUGUGCCUGACCCUCUUGUUGAGCACUGGAAAUACCAAAUUGAAGCCCAUGUGGCUCGCGGUGCGUUACGAACAUUUGUCGAUGAAGGUCGUGCGGAUCUGCCACGAAAUGUUGACUUGGCAGCUUAUGAUGUGGUUGUCACGUCUUUUCGACGAUUGACAACAGAGUGGAGGCUCCACCGACCUGCUUCUGCACUAGAAACACGAAUGCCAGAACGGUACGGGUUUGAAGGCCCUCAGCGAUACGCAGACGGGACCAAUCGAGGAGAAGUGUCGUCUCUUUUGACUGUACAGUGGACCCGCGUGAUCAUUGACGAAGGCCACAAACUUGGCGGACGAACGCCUACUAACUUAAUGCUAAUGGCACGAAUCAUAUCAGCUAAACGAAGAUGGGUCAUGACCGGAACACCAACGCCAAACACGCUCCAGUCAGCCGACCUGCGCUUCAUGCAUGGCCUUUUAGUUUUUCUUCAAAUUGAACCGUACGGGCAACCUGAUGGACGUGCGUGGACCAAAGCUAUUGCUCGUCCGUUUGAGCAAAACGAACCAAUUGGAUUCUUUCGCUUGCAAAGUCUGCUCAGCCGGAUUAUGAUGCGUCAUACCAAAGAGUCGAUUCGUGAAAUCCUACCAGAACCAACUCGGCAUACAGUAUUCAUUGACCCAACGCCGAGUGAAUACGCACAAUAUAACGUCAUUGCUGCUGCCGUGCGCGCAAACCUAGUGAUUACGAAUAUGGAUCCCAAACAUCCAGGAAAGUUGCAUUUGGACAGCUUGCUGAACCCGACGAACCGAAAAGAGGCCUUGCGGGUAGUUUCGAAUCUUCGUUUUGCGUGCUGUGGUGGCGUCAAUAGCGAAGUCGUGCUAUCGGACAAAGCUCUCCUUGAAACGGUCAAUAUGCUCACGGAGCUCGAGGUGGAUGCUGACAAUAUUGCUACUGUUGCAGAAUAUUUGCGACGAGUUAAGCUGCCAGGGAUGACUACGACGUGUGAGUGUUGCAAGCGGAAGCUGCAAUUGUUAAUGGUCAUGCCGUGUGGUCACCUUUGCUGCGCGGAUUGUGUGGAAGACCGCUUUAAUGAAGUCGGACCAAGCUGUUAUAAGUGCAACGAAGUGUAUGACCCUGAAGUCUUCCAAGAACUUCAGCCAGGCUUUGACUUUCGUGAGAUUGAUGAUGCCAACGAUGCGAUUACGAAUACUAGUAGUAGUCGUCAUAAUGCCAAUCGACCACAACAGCAGCAGCCAGGAACGUGUGAUCGUGGUGGUCAGCGGCAACAUCCAGCUGCAUCUGGAAGUAUCGCCCGCGAGCAACCUCAACCAAAUCGACAUUACUGGACGGUGGAUGCCAGCAAGAUAUUUUAUGCAGCGACCAGAGUUCGACAACUAAAAAACGAGUUUGCGCGCUGCCCUAUCGUCCAUGGGUCAAUGCGGUGUCGACAAACGCGUUUUGUGAAGGUGAUCAUCUUUUCUCAAUUCACUGAGAUCAUCUGGCGUACCAAACUAGCGUUCGAACAGCAAGAAAUACCGACCGCAAAUUUUAUUACCCGUGUCAAUCCAAAGGCGCGAAUGAAGGCUCUGAAGCGCUUUCGCACCGAUCCAUCGCUCAAUGUUCUCCUGCUGUCCGAAAUGGGCUCCCACGGAUUAGAUCUUUCCUUUGUGACGCAUGUGUUUCUAAUGGAGGAGAUCUGGGACAAAUCUUUGGAGCAGCAAGUUGUCAGCCGGGCGCACCGAAUGGGGGCACAGCAGGCAGUAGUAGUUGAACAGCUGUGGAUGCGUGGAAGUGUCGAAAGUGAAAUGGCGAAAAUGAACGAGCUCGACGAGAGACAUACGAGUGAUCCGCCCCGUGUCAUGCAUAGACUUGGUCCGCCUGUACGAACAAGAAAGCGGCUACGUGUAGGCGGAAAGGCAUUGCUGAACGUGGCCGGCACGAAAAGGAGAAAGCGCAAUCGUCGUGGGGACGCUAAAAAAGUGCCUAUCGACAACAAGAGCAGUUUUCUUCAGCGCAAGCUCGACUACGUCCUUCGUCACCUGCGGUUGCUGGAAAACAAUGCUGUUGCAGAGCCUGGGCAAGUUCGCUUUUCCGUCGUGGAUGAAAAGGCAGGAGUCACAGUUCGUCAAGCCAUUCAGACGGUGCAGUACCCCGAUACCCCUGCGACCACUCCUCCUUCGUCGACACCUCUACGACCGCGCGAAAAAAGAGUUCCAGCGUCGCAGCUCACACAAACCAGUGCCACUCAUCAACGCAUGCCAACAGCAAAGCAAGCUGUACGUACAUCUUCUUCAGCUCGGCAAACGACUGAUAAUAGAAGUAGUGCCCACAGGUCGACCUCAAAUGUCGCGGACGCUGUAAACAGGGAGCAAUCGAGAGAUUCAACUAAAACAGCAGUUGAAAACCGUCCGGCUGGAAAAGCAAAACGACACUCUCAAUCUGCUCAACACACCAUUUCGGUCAGGCCAGUGGCAGCCACUUCAACACGUCAAGUUGCACCAAAUACUGGUAGCACCGUAUCUAGUGCAAUCACCGCACCACCGACAACCUUGCUGCAGAACAAAGAUGACCAAACUGUGCCAAAGAAAGCGUUGCUGUUGGCUGCGCCCAGCUUGUCCCCUGCACGCGUAAGAUCGGAGGCCUUAACGGAAGCGAAUCAACGCAUCCGGAAGAAAAGACCGGACUCACGAUCAAGCUCUGACUCAACGGACAUUACUCGGAUCAGGGAUGCCAGCAUAUCUAGUCAGCUUCAACCACAGCUUCCUACAAAGCCUUCACUGACAAGAAAAAUACCGAAAGAAGAUCCCGAAAUUAUUGUGAUCGAUUGCUCCUUGUCUUUAGGGUCGGAGGGCAGCGUAAGUAAAGGUGACGCGGCCAGCGUGGCCAGCAGCAAUUGCAGUGCAGACAACGAAGACAGCUCUGAAAGUGGCGAUAGCGACAACGACAGUGAAGCAGAAGUCCUUCUUACCCGGCUCUGCUUGGUCGCAAAGCAUAUUUUUGGGCGGAAGCAACGACGCACCAUCGCGGUGCGUAAGAAGAUCGGAACCACACCAGUACCAGAAAAGAAGGCCCCACCAGCUCCAUACAUUGACGAUGAAGAGACCGAGACGGAGUGA